UUCUGCGAAUUAUUAAUAAUUAAUUCGUCAUCAUGUAGCUACUAAUGAUUCAGUUAUUAAUUACUGAUCUGUCUUUAUCGGAAAAGUUACGGAUCAGAUUGGGGAUUUUUUUAUUUAUUUAUUUAUUUUUUUACACACACAGUUUUGCGGCUGUUUAUCGGUCUUCGGUGAAGUUUAAGAAGACAAAGAAAGUGCCGGAUUUACGGGAGCUAUAUUGUUUCUCAGGGGUUUGUUCUCGGGAUCAUUUAGACGAUUGACGAGAUACAGUCAGUGUUGCUGUUUAUGAAAAUUCUAGUAACUUCCCUUGAAAUGAACAGUUAAUGGGAAAAAUUCCUAUGGAUGUCGAGGCGAUUACAAAUCUUGCAGCGAACUGUUAUGAUAAAUACGCUUUAUAAUACGGGUACGUUCAUAUUUAUUUAAAUAACUUUAUUUAUUUAGUUUUUCAUUUGGUUAUUUUUUCUAUUAACAUUUGUCGGAAAAUAGCUGGAAAUACGCACUUAUGACGUCACCACCUGUUAAAUUAUGGCAAAUAUGGUCGUUCCAUGAUGACACGUGACGUGGCACUUUGGGGACUGAUUUAUGACUUUAUUGAAUGAAUAAAACCCAAGUAUGAGAUUUACCAGUUUGUUUUCCAACUAGAGAGAUACAGACAGACUUACUUGGUCGGAGAGUAAGUAUUCAUAGCUAUAGGAGCUGAAGCUAAAAGAUCAAAGGCACCGACUUCAUUCACUGGUUUAUCUAUUUGACAUCAGAUUUUGAGAUGAAAGUCAGGCGGCUUUGAGAAGACGCUCGUGCAACAAGAGCUACUUUCGGAUCUGAGGUGGUAACUCUGCCAACAUGCUGCUGAGAGCCAGGGUUCUCUACCCUUUUCAAAGUGAAAAUGCAACAGCGAUCAGCAUAGAGAAGGACGAAGAGCUGCUUGUUUUUGACGAGCAUCCCGUACAAGGAUGGAUGUUGGGGGAGAACAGCCGAGGGGAACGAGGGCUCUUCCCAGCCUCGUACGUGGAAGUAAUCGGGGCCCCUUUAGAGUCAGAGCCCACAGAGUGCGUCCUUCGCUCGGCCGCCUCUCCCGACUUCCCAUCCGCUUGCCACACACCCGCUCAAGAUCAGCAGAGCUGUGACGAUACCCAAGAUUACUGGGAUGACUGGGACGACUGGGAUGACAGUUUGUCGGUGGAACAAGAUGGACAACCUGGAAACAUUUCUUGGGCCAAUGGAUGUGGAAGUCAGAGUCCCUACAACAGCCCCGCCGUGUCCUACUGCGCCAAACUUGACUCGGAGGGUCACAGCAGCCUGUCCGUUUCACACAAGAGCAGCACGGUGGCCAAGAAUCUCAACCGCUUCUCAAGCUUUGUGCGCUCGGGGGUGGAGGCCUUCAUCCUGGGUGAUGUUCCUAUGAUGGCGAAGAUAGCGGAGUUCUACACGAUUGAAACGGGCCGUCGUGGGCCGCAGUGGAAGGAAAACCCUCACCCUUUCACUUGCACAAUUGAGGACCCCACCAAGCAGACGAAGUUCAAAGGUAUAAAGACAUUCAUCUCAUACCGUGUGACGCCGAGCCACACGGGCCAUCCGGUGUACCGCCGCUAUAAACACUUUGACUGGCUUUAUAACAGGCUGCUGCAGAAGUUCACUAUCAUAUGCCUGCCCCACCUGCCGGAGAAGCAGGCCACAGGUCGCUUUGAGGAGGACUUCAUUGAGAAGCGCCAGCGGCAGCUGACCCUCUGGAUGGACCACAUCUCCAGCCACCCGGUGCUGUCGCAGUACGAGGGCUUCAAACACUUCCUGCUAUGCACCGACCAUCGGCAGUGGAAGCUGGGCAAGCGGCUGGCAGAGCGCGACACCUUGGUGGGCGCCCACUUCAUGCUCACCUUGCGGAUCCCCGAUGAGCUCCAGGAACUGCGGGACGUGGAGGAGCAGGUAGACACCUUCAAGGCCUAUGUGAGGAAGAUGGACGACAGUGUCAUGCAGCUUAGCCAGGUGGCCACCGAUCUGGCGCACAAACACGUGGGCACCUUCUGCAAGGACUUCCAGAGGCUAGGCUCGGCAUUUUGGUCCGUGGGUCAUGCCUUCACCAUGGAUCCCCUUCACGGGUCGGCCACCCUGAACAGCGCCAUCGCCCACACCGGCCGCACUUACGAAAUUAUUGGGGAGAUGUUUGCAGAGCAACCAAAACGUGAUCUCUUCCUCAUGUUGGACAAACUCUUGCUCUACCAGGGCUUGUUGGCUAACUUCAAGGACAUGAUUCACCAACAGAAAGGUGCUUUUGCCAAGGUAAAGGAGAGCCAGCGGAUGAGCAGCGAGGGCCGUUUGGAGCAGGAGAAGACGGACGGCAUGCUGAAGCGAUGUCUGACACUGUGCUUCGUCCUCCAAGCAGAGAUGGACCACUUCCGCAAGCGGAGAGCGGAGAGCUUUCGGGAGAUGAUGCAGACCUACCUGAGGGAGCAGCUCUCCUUCUACCGGAGUGUCGUCGUACAGCUGGAGAACACCCUGCUCAUGUACGACCGUCUGUAGGCUCGCUUGUACCACGGGCCGUUGCCACAAGCACCUCCUGAGACACCACCUUCUCCCUUUUCCUCCGUCCCCUCUGAAUUUUCAUAGAAUACUUUCCAUAGAUAGUUUUAAGAGUUUUCUUCUUUAAACCCCCUUCGAGUAUCUAAGAUGCACCCUAAAUUAUUCUUCGCGUGAGACGUCCUCCAAUUUUUUAUUUCUUUGGCCAAGAACGCACCAUCACCAAAUUUUUCCGAACAAGUCAGGCACUUUUUUAAUAUUCACAGAGCGUAACUAAAGAUAUCUAAUUUCAAUGACAUAACACGCUGUAUGACCGCAUGCAUUUUUUUUUUUUUUUUAAAUCAACACCUGAAGCUCUUGGAAUUCUAAAAAUAUCCAGUGGUUGCCAUGGUUUAGAUGAUACAAAGCCUACACUUAGUGCACGCUCGUGUUUGCAGAACAUCACAUAUUGGUGAAGGAGGAGCAGUUCGUGACAGAUGGAAACUCUUGUGUGAAGAGGAGGCUCAACCAUCACACCGCAGGAUGUCCUUUAAACAGGGUUACUUAAACAGUAAGAUGUUUGAUUCGGCAUCAUAAUGUUUCAUCUCGAGUAAAUGCCCACACUGUGCAGAUUUUAUCCUCUCUUAGUUACGUUUAGGGCUCCUCGUGGAGGGCGGAAUUUUACUAUGAUAACAAUACAAAGUUAAGUCAAAAAGUAUCCGCAACAAUGGUUACAGAAA